GGCUGUAUGUGAACAACAGCCAUGUUAACUCCAGAAAUUCUUCACCUGAAGCUGAUUUCUUUUUUCCCAUGUACCUGCUCCAAAUUCUUCUUCAUUCUCUCUGGAUGUCAGUGCCUGCAAAGCUUUAAUUCAGGAGCCAGCCUGCUGUCAGAGAUAAGCCUCUUGAUAUUUCAUCAUGGAUCCUGCCCGCUCCAAGGAGCCUCCUCCGCUGGAAGUGCUGAAAUGAACUUAUGACAAAUACAAGAAAUGAAAGUCUCUCUCAAAUGCACUUUCUGGCCUGACUUAAAUUAGCUGAAAUUGCUGACAUUCUGCCUUUCUCAGAUGCGUGUCAGUGUCCAUAGACUUUUCUUUCAAACAUUGGAAAAUUAUUGAGUUAAAUGUUGCCAGAAACAACAGAUGCAGGAGCGCGGGUGUAUGUUGGGUGAAGGUUACUGUGAUGUGUCUGGGUGCUGCAGCACGUGGUGGAGAGGCAGAAGGUGCCCCUCUAACCUUGGCUGAUCCCACAGAAUAGAAGGACACCACUGGAAUUCCUCUUGGAAGUUCUUGGGUUUGUACUGCAUUUAAUUUGGAUGGGCUGAACCUCUCCAAGUUGUAAUCACUGGUCAUUUUGCUUGAACCAAAAUAUUUCCUUAAAGCCCAGGAACUUCUCUGCCUGCUCAUGGGUUCUUCCAUGUUUGUCCCAGCAGCUCCACUCAGGACUAGGAUAAAAUGGACAAAGUGACACUUUCUUGGCAAAGAGAAUCAGCUCUUGGGCAGCUUCAGAGCUCCCAAGACUCACUAAUUGGCAGGUCCUUGUUGUUAAGCACAGGUUGAGUAAAUCCUUCUGCAUCCCAGGGCUGUGGAAAGCCCACCACAAGUCUGUACAUAGAUCUGGCACUCUGUGCAUUGGAACAACUGGUGGAAUUCAGGUUGGGAAUCACAGGAUUGAUUUCUGUGUUGUUGUCGCUGCCUGUCUGCAGGUAGAAGAUGCACAGUGAAAAGCUGGCAUGUACCUUGAAGAAAUUUCUUAGAUGGGAGGUAGCAGCUUGUCUAAAAGUAAAGAUUCUCAUACUGAAAUCUGCACUCAUUUCAAACUUCCUGCCCUUAACUGCUGAGGAAUGUGACAAUAUAUGAAAAUUUAAAGGCUGCUUCCUGCUGUUACUCCAAAUUUACAUUGGCAACAGUGUUUAAUUAAUUUCAAAUUUACUUAGUAGUUUGCUUUGAGUGAAAAGCGUGGCCCUGACAUUUUCAGGGAAUAAGAAUUAACCUCUUAAACUCCUUUGGGUUUGUCUCUGUUUUAGUUGAUGAAUCACGAGGUGUCAGUGGGGACAUGCCUGUCCUGUUGGUGUCCAGGGUGAUGAGAUGGGCAGAGCAGUGUGGUGGGAGGGGGGUAUUGGGGCUCCUCUCCUCUGUUAACCUCCUGUUCAAGAUGUGGGGUUCACCUCCCUUUGCUGCCCAUUGGAGACUUCUCAGGCAAGUGCAGGACCCCCAGACUCACUGUCCCUCAUCUGGACUUUGAAUCUGAGUGGGAAGUGCUGAGUGUGGGGUGUCUGAAGCACUGUCACAUCCCACUAACACAGAACUUGGGUGGCAGAGCUGGACUUGGGUGCCUUUGUGAAAUGGGGGUGCUGAGCCCCUGCUGCAGGAAGGGGCUGCACUGGGGCUGGAACUUCUCUUUGCCUGUUAAAAAUGUGUUAUUUCAGCCAGUGCUCUAUGGAAUGGUGGCAGCAGGGUUGUGUUGAAGAGGAGCUUGGAUGGAAGCCUUGGGAGGAUUGCAUGCAGCCCUAAUAGCUGUUAUCUAUGGAACACAUCUGGUUUAAACAUGUCCUUCUUCAGGGCUGAGUGCAGGUGGCCUGUCCACCUGAGGGAGGGCUGGGGAAUUUUGUUCUAAUUGGAAAUUUUAAUGACAUAUCAUGAUCCUGACUCCUUGCUACUGGGAUUCACUUUCAUUUUCCUCCUGUUUCCCAACUAAACAAAUUGAUCUCUCUAAAUCACUCACUUUUAGGCAUCUUUCCCAUCCCUCAGCUGGUUUUGAGCCUCCUGUGUCCACUCUCUGAUGUUGGAGCAAGUGCUGAAGGAUGCGGCCGCAGGCGCCCGGGGCUGUCUCGCUAACAAGGAGCAGAUUCCUCAAAAGCUUGCGGAGGGGACGUAGGAUCUUCAAGCAAAUUCUGGCAGCUGGAUCCCGAUAGCAGAUAAACUCAUUUGACCACCAUGAGUUGGAGUUUUCUGACCCGCCUGUUAGAGGAGAUCCAGAACCACUCAACCUUUGUUGGCAAAAUCUGGCUGACAGUGUUGAUUGUGUUUCGGAUUGUCCUAAUUGCUGUGGGAGGAGAAUCCAUUUAUUAUGACGAACAGAGCAAGUUUGUGUGCAACACGGAGCAGCCUGGCUGCGAGAACGUCUGCUACGACUCCUUCGCCCCUCUCUCGCACGUCAGGUUCUGGGUGUUCCAGAUCAUCCUCGUGGCCACUCCCUCGGUGCUGUACUUGGGCUAUGCCAUCCAUAAAAUCGCCCGGAUGGUGGAGCACAGCGAAGCCAGCAGGAGAGCCAGGAGGAGGAGCUUGCCCGUCCGCUGGAAACAGCACCGGGGCUUGGAGGAAGCUGAGGGUGACCAUGAGGAAGACCCGAUGAUGUACCCGGAGAUAGAGGUGGAGAGCGUCAGGGAGAGUAAAGAGAAGCAGAGCCCUGCCAAAGCCAAGCACGACGGCCGGCGGCAGAUCCGGGAGGACGGGCUCAUGAGGAUUUAUGUCCUGCAGCUCCUGGCCAGGGCCCUGUUUGAGGUUGGCUUCCUGGUGGGGCAGUAUUUCCUGUACGGCUUCCAGGUGAGCCCCGUGUUCGUGUGCAGCAGGAAGCCCUGCCCGCACAACGUCGAUUGUUUCAUUUCCAGGCCAACCGAAAAAACCAUUUUCCUGCUCAUAAUGUACGGGGUGAGCUGCAUGUGUCUGCUCCUCAAUGUCUGGGAGAUGCUGCACUUGGGGUUUGGCACCAUCCGAGACACGCUGAAUGCCAAGAAGAAGGAGCUGGUUGACUCUGGGACCUUUAACUACCCCUUCACCUGGAACACGCCCUCGGCUCCCCCGGGCUACAACAUCGCGCUGAAGCCGGAGCAGAUGCAGUGCACGGAGCUGUCCAACGCCAAGAUGGCCUACAAGCAGAACAAAGCCAACAUAGCUCAGGAACAGCAGUAUGGCAGCAGCGAAGGGAACAUUCCUGCCGACCUGGAGAUCCUGCAGAGGGAAAUCAAAGUGGCUCAGGACCGCCUGGACCUUGCUAUCCAGGCUUACAACAACCAAAACAACCCCAGCAGUUCCAGAGGGAAGAAAUCCAAAGCGGGCUCAAACAAAAGCAGUGCCAGUAGCAAGUCAGGAGAUGGGAAGAACUCGGUCUGGAUUUAACGUUGGCUCGGUUGAUAUGUUGUAGUUUUGUCUCCUAGUUUAUCAUAACCAGCAGUCCCAUGAAUAAUGGCUUCCACUAAGGGAAUAUUUGACUCUGCUGAUUUUCAGGGAUACCGUUGGCUCGUGAUUCAGCCCCUGGAAAGGGUUUAUACACUGACUCUAGGACUUUAGAACUUUAUUCUUUUGUCUUCCAAGUCAGGAGACAAAUAGGUAUAUUUAAUUCAUUCUCAUUGAACGGUUUAUGCUGUAUGUACAGUACUAUAGUACAUUUAUUAUGCACAAUUUUUUUUGUAUUUGUACACUGGAUCUGAUGUUACACUUUUUAUAUCAACAAGGACAAAGCAAUGGGUAGCCAUUAGCAUUUUGUUAAUUUUAUUAUUGUUGUCUGCAGUUACGUCAUUGUUCUUCCUUGUUUUCCAAGUAAAACUUUUUAUAAAACUUUUCUAUGCUGCGUUUCCAAAGUGCCUUGAACAUGCAGAAGUGGAGUCUGGGCAGCUCAUGGGUGCAAAUUGUGAGCAGGGAAAGAUUUGGGAAACCUCUGUCAAUGGUGCUCCUGACUCUGUCCUUUACUAAAUUAAUGUGCUGCUUGCAGCCUGGAAGUGUCAUCCCAUAAUCUCCUGUGUCCUACAGGCUCUGUCCUCUAUGGAAAAUACUUACAGGAAAAACGUGUGUGGUGUGUGUGUGUGUGCUGGGAGCAGGGCUGCCAGUUGUGUGGCAGAGAGGGCUCAGGACUCCCCUCACCUUGUGCAGCAGGAGGGAGGAAACACUUCAAACUCCUGCAGAAUAUCCAGAAAAUUAAACAGAAGUGACUGGAUUCAGUGACUCCGUGUGCUUCUGUGAGAGCCAUGGGAAGUGUGAGGGCUCUGUUGUGUAACACCCUGUGCCCAAGGGCAGGCAGUGCUACCUUUUGGGGAGGAUUCCUGUGCUUUCCAAACGAGUGGGGUCAGAUGGAGUCACAGUAACUCUGUCUGACUGUGGAAUCCCCUCCCUCUCCUGCUGCCAGCACACACGAGCUGUCUGCGGGAGGCUGAGCCCUCUCAGAAUAUCAAUGAUUCUGCCUUAUUCCAGAGCCCUCUUCCUUCCGUUCUGUGCGAGGAAUUCAGCUCAGACACAGCAAUAUGUAUGAUUUAGCUUUCUGCUUGAGAGACCAGUCUGAUCUGGCAUUCUGUGGGUUUGGCAUUAAACUUGAAUUUACAAUUAGCAGAAGGGGAGUGAGGGACUGAUGCCUUUGGCUCUGUCUUUCUGGCAAGGAGCCGGCUCGGCUUGGAGAGACGCUGAUAAAUGUCUCUGCUUUCUGCUGCUAUUUAUAAGGGAUUCGGGACCUUGCUCUGCUCCCUUUUUUUUUUUUUUUCAGGUUUCCAUGCAUUUUAAUAUCUUUUUGGGGGCCUGAUUCAAGCAGGACUGUUCUCUUUCAAGGCUACCUCAGUCCCUUGUCAGAGCUGGGUCAGGAGCAGGAUUUAGGGAAUCAUUGAAUCCCAGAAUGAUUUGGGUGGGAAGGGGCUUUAAAGAGCAUCUCAUUCCAUGGGCAAGGACUCCUUCCACUACCCCAGGGUGCUCCCAGGCCCUGUCCAGCCUGGCCUUGGACACCUCCAGGGAUCCAGGGGCAGCCACGGCUUCUCUGGGCAGCCUGGGAGGAGUGAGGGAUGAGGAGUGAGGCUCCGUGGAGGACACAGAUAAAUCCCUGCCCUAUUCCUGUCCCUCAGAACAUCCAGGUACAGUCUCCCCAUUAAAUUUGCUCCAAGGGGACAUGAGCAUGUCCUUGCUGUUCCCUUCUGCCCAAGCACUUCUGUAAAUGAGUGUUGUGCUGAGUUGUUUUGGUCUGUUUUCCCUCUGGGGCACCAGGCAGGCCAGGCAUGGGUCCAGACUAUCCCUGAGCAACCUGGAGAGGCCCUGCUGUGUCCAGAGCCAGCACAGCCCCGUGUGAGCCCCUCUGGAGCUGUGGGGACUCUGGGAAGGGAAUUGCCCCCCUGGCCUUUGGCACUGACCCCUGGCUGCUCCGGGGAGCAGCUGGAGGAGAGCCAGGGUGGUGCCUCAGGAAGUGUGAGUGACCCAGGACGUGUUGUGCAAGUGGAUGGGGCAGGGAUGGGCUGGGGCUGGCUCUGUGCUCCAGGGGCAUUCAGCAGGAGCUCCUCUCAUUAACCAGUGGCCUGAAGAAAGUCACAGGGAUGGGCAGGGGCACUGCCAGAGCGAGCUGAGUGUGGCUGGGAAGCUGGGUGGAAAACGUCUCAAAGUGUCAGGGAGAGAUAUUUGGAGGCUGGAGAUAAACAGGGCUGGUGGCCACAGUGCACUCAUCACCCCCAGCACUUGGGUUGCUCUGUUCAGUGUCCCAAAUGGGUGACAUUUAACCCCGUGUGGUGCUUUGGGAACAGCCUUGCCCCAGUGAAAGCAGGGAAAAUCCUCCUCACUGCUCUCUUCCCAAUUCCUAUUAAGGAUUUAAACCAGGCUCCCACUUGUUGCUCCCUGGCUUUGUGUUAUUUCCCAAUUAAUGACCUGUGUGAAGCUGCUGCCUCAGGGCAGUCCCGUGGGCUUCUGCCCACCCAGUAAAUCCCUGUUAAUGAGCAGAGUGUCCACAAUAUUCCACUCCCAGCGCUGGAUUCAUUCUGAAAAUCCCAAGUAAUGGAGCUGUUUCUGAUACUGCUUUUUAUUUUCACUUUCAUUGUGUACAAAGUGCACAUUUGGGUUGAAGCUGAGCGUGUGUUGCUGCCUGUGGGGUCUGUCCCAGCUCUGUUCUGGCUGUGGCUGUUCGUGGUUUUAGAAUAUCAGACUUUAUUUUUCCUUUUGAAGAAACAAUACCUGCAUUGCUUUAAAAUGCUCUUCCUUUGGCUUAAUGUAGACCAUUUUGAAAUAAAUGUCCAGGAGAGACUUUGGGACAAAAAAAAUGCUGGAUGGAAUUUGGAUUUGUGGUGACAUUCUCUGGGUUUGGAAAAAAAAAUGCAUUAAAUCCAGUGGAUUACU